UCCGCGGGGCUCCUGCGAGGCUCGCUCGGGUUGCCAGAGAGCUGCACCUGGAAGAUGCGCCUGGGGACGGCGGGCACUUUGAGGACCGUGGUCUUCUUCUUCGCCUCCAUAUGUGCAUGGUACUCCGGGUACCUGCUCGCAGAGCUCAUUCCAGAAGUCUCCUUGACCAGUGCUGUCUAUAACCUCAGGAGCCUCUCGGAGAAGCCCCUCCUGAAGGCCCCGGCCCCUAAAAGGCAGAAAUGCGACCACUGGACCCCGUGCCCCUUGAACACCUACGCCUAUCGCCUGCUCAGCGGGGGCGGCAAGGACAAGUUUGCCAAAAUCUGCUUCGAAGAUGAGCUGCUCGUGGGAGAAAAGACUAGAAAUGUUGGAAGAGGAAUAAAUAUUGCCAUUGUCAAUUAUGUGACUGGGAAAGCGAUAGCAUCACGGUAUUUUGAUAUGUUUGAAGGUGAUAACUCUGAACCGAUGGUGACCUUCAUUCAGAGUGCACCUCCCAAGUCCCUGCUCUUCAUGGUGACCCAAGACGACGGUGCGAGCAGGCUGAAGGAGGACGCCAAGAAGGUCAUAGAAGCACUUGGAAGUAAACAAAUCAAGAACAUCCGGUUCAGGUCCAGCUGGGUGUUUCUCACAGCAAAAGGCUUCAAGCUUCCUGCAGAAAUUCAGAGAGAAAAUAUCAACCACUCUGAUAGCGCAAGGAACAGAUACUCUGGCUGGCCGGCAGAGGUGCAGAUAGAAGGCUGCAUACCGAAACCACCGAGCUAACGUUGCACGCAGCCCUAAUAAACGUGUGAUGUGUA